AUGCCUGGAACCUCCCUCCACAGUCAGCUGUUAGCCGCAGUGCUCUCGCGAGAUGUGCUAACAAGACGAGGCCAACAUAUCUCUAUUCAAAAGUUCCAAGAAGAGCCACGAGUGAUGGAUGCUGGGUUGGGCUUGCAAGAGGAGGACUUGGAGGCCUCCUGGACACUUUGGUCUUGGUUGGCAUCCUGUGUCAUGGUGUUUGGAGGAGCUCUCCCUUAUGUGCCACAAUAUCAAGACAUCCAGAAAUCGAGCAACACUGAGGGCUUUUCCACCAGAGUGUGUCUCGUGCUCCUCAUAGCCAACAUCCUGCGUGUUUUCUUCUGGAUUGGAAAGCAAUUUGAGUCGACCCUUCUACUUCAAAGCGUUGUGAUGAUCCUGACCAUGUUCACCAUGCUCCAUCUCUGCUGCACCAUCCAAAACGCCAACCGAGUGAGCACAAAGCAGCACAGGCUUUCAGACAUGGACUUGAACUACUUCUGGAAGUGGAGCAUGUUCGAAGACUAUCUACUUUGCUGUUUUGGCUUCACGGUGCUGUGUGCGGUGGUCACUUUUCUGCUGCUGGACUCUUCUCUGUUCGUGGAGGCGCUGGGAUCCCUGGCUCUCCUGUUCGAAGCGAUGCUGGGCCUUCCACAGCUGCUGCAGAACUUAAACAACCAAUCAACAAGAGGAAUGAGUGUGAAGAUGGUCUUGCUGUGGACCGCUGGCGACAUUUUCAAAACUGCCUACUUUGUUCUGAACGACAGCCCGGUACAGUUCUGGGUUUGUGGUUCUGCUCAGAUCCUCAUCGAUGUGGCUAUUCUGCUGCAAGUGCUGCUCUACAACCGAGACACACACACCAAACUGGCAUAA